CUUCCCCUGCCAGCUCAUCCUCGAUCACCGUUUUGUUCAGAUACUUUGCUUUGAAGUUUAACGAUAAAACUGCUGCCAGACCUCUUCCGUUUGCCGGUUUACGCCCGUCGGUGCCUAUCCGCGGCUUCAUCAGGAAGCUGAGGAAGCUGACUCGGAGCUGGCCUGAUCUUCCUCUCACGAGUGCCGUGCGCUCUGUGUCUUUGUUCUUGAGCCAUACAUUUGCUCUAGCUGGGCUCCCAAGAGCCCCUUUACAGGGUCGAUUCCUCCAAGCUGAUCCCUACCGUGUUUUGUAUGCCCCCUGCGUCCAGUCCGUGUCGUCAGUACCGCCCAACCUCCACGCCCACAGCCCCAUCGAACCCCAGGUCCUCUAUCACCGACGAGGUGGCACAAGGCAAGAAAAAGAAGAAUGCCGCUCGAAAGGAUAAUAAGACGGCCAAAGCCGAGACGAAGACGCUCCUCGAUGACCUAGAGGUCUCUCAACCUGUGCAACAGCUCCUCGAACCUAUUCCGACUCAAUUUAACCCGCGGCCCAUGGCGAAUGACAGCGAACCACCAGUGUUGGAUGCCCUCAGCACACUACCCCUGCCAGAGGAGGACGACAUCACCAGACGCACCGAUACAUGGGCCAGGUCUAUUCCUUUCGGCAAGAGUCCUCCUCAGAAUAUCAUGAAUGAUGCGCACACCGAAGCUUCUCCCCCGGACUUUAGCCUGCCGGUGGACAGGGGAGGCUUCCAACAACCUUCCAUGUCGCCGUCCCCUAUUGGCAAGCCGCGCCCCAUAAGCCUGGGAACAGAGUAUUCCAGCCCUACAAGACACCAGUCCAGAGAUAGGCAGAAGCGAAACUCGAUGAAUACUCAAUACCACCAGCCUCCCCUACCUCACCUCCCUCAAGCUCACUUUUAUUCAGCGCCUGACAUUGAAAUUCCAGGAGUCCCGUCUCCAGCUAUUCGAAGAGCGCAAGAAAGUGGAUGUUCCUUCUGCGCUAUUGACAUGCUUCCGUCGCACAAGUCUCGUUCUGGAAAGAAAGUCCUUGUAGUUGGUCGAGAUGGUAUGCUGGAGGUUAUCGCACUUGACAAUGAGCAGUCGCGAAGCCUUGGCGCAAUCAAGGGGUUGAAUGGUCGAGUGCUGGAUGCCAAGAUCUUGACUUGGGUGUCUGGAAGCGAUCCGUUCUCCUCAUCUCGGCCUCUCAUCGGGGUAACCAUAUUUGGCCCUAUCCCUCAAGAAGACACUGCGUAUUGCUCUUCUGCAGCGUCCGAGAACGCCGAUUUGGCGGUUCCUGGGGUUUCGAAUAGGCCGGAUACAUUGCCCAGCCGAGCGGACCUACCGCGUAUGCAGACUCGUGUACAGAUCUAUUCGCUAAGAACACAAAGCUUGGUAGCUACGCUGUUCGCGACUAAACCCGAACCUUGUUACCCUACGUUCCCUGGAACCUCUCCAACUGUUCCUCCACCCGCGGGCGAGCUGAAAUUAUAUUCUAGUGGCAACUAUGUUGUUCUCGCAUCCGGAACGAGUGGAGAGGUGUUUAUUUUUGGCGCCGGAGCAAGCCAAUCGCCAGGCUCUUACUGUUGCCUCGGAAAGACUUGGACUAGUGUUCGGAUGCGAGAUACUCGAAGACAUUCCAAUUCAUCCAAUUCAACCAAUACAGAUGAAAUUCAAUCCGAUCCGGGCCGUGAAUUAGGACCGGCAGACACGCCGAUCUUGUCCCUCAGCGGUCGAUGGCUAGCCGUCGUCCCUCCUCCACCAUAUAGAACCUCGCUUCGCGGUACCAUCCAUUGUCCGCGAAGCGAGGAGAGGACUUACGGGAUUGACGCCCAUAAUCCGCCAUCUCGUCCAUCUAUAACUUGUGGCGUCGAUUGCAACCAAGAUGGACUCCUCAAUAAAAUCGCGAAAGGUGUCACCCAAGAGUUAGUUAGAGGCGCGGCGUGGACGGGAGGCCAAGUUGCUCAAACAUGGCAUAAUUAUUUCAAUAAGGAUACGCAGCCGAGUCAACCUACGGCAACACGCCGGGCGCACCCUUUCGAACCGUCAAGUGUAAACUAUCUUCCACCGACUCAUGCUCAAGAGCCUCAGCACCCUUCAACCGGUGAGCCUGACUUGGUUUCAUUAAUCGAUUUGAAGCUUUUAGAGGAGGACGAAGGUGCAAAGGCAGCUUCUACUAUAACCCCCAUGGCCACUUUCCAGCCCCCUAGCGGAUGCAGCUUUGCUUCCUUGUCACCAAGCGGGCUUAUGCUCUUAACCGCAAGCAAGAAUGGUGACGUGCAACAUGUUUGGGAUCUUAUGCAAAUGCGACAUUGCAGAGCGAGAAUUUUGAUGCUGGAAGAUACCUCGCCGACUGCAGCCUCGCAUGGUUCCUCUGCACAAGUUCGGGAGAUAGCGAAGUUUGACCGUAUGACUACAACAAGCAUUUUGGAUGUCAAAUGGACGGGCCCCAUUGGAGAGCGCUUAGCUAUUGUUACCAAAAACGGCACUAUUCAUCUAUACGAUAUUCCUCGAGGUGCCUUCCAGUGGCCUCCUUUGCGUCGAGUUCAAGGCAAAUCAUCGCCUCGUCAGCGCCAUUCUGAGAGCCCGCCGGGAGCUGAUUUGAGCGAGGCAAACUCCAGCAACCUGAAUCGGCUUUCCACAGCGGUUAAAGCUAUAGGAGGUACAACCCAGCCAUUCAUGGCUGCUCUACGGGGGCGCGCACCAAGCAUGGGGGCGGCGUUUGGCACGGGCGCGGGAUUCGCCUUGUCUUCUCGAGGGAGCAAAGUCCUCGCCUCUGGAUUAAGCAAAUCUGUAGGCGCUGCGACAGAGACUAUGAAUGCACUCCGCCAUUUCGGUGAAAAUCGUUUACAUCUUAGUAACUUUGCGAGAGAUUGUGGUGUCUCCCGUAUAACGUGGUCCGGUGAUGAGAAAGAUCCCUUACUGGGUGUUGUUGAUGGGGAAUAUUUCAAGAUCUAUCAAAUCCGCCGUGGAUCAACCGGAAAGAAGAAGCGGGAUCAGUCGGUAUUUGGGGCCAAGAUACGGGAGAUACGUCUUCCGUCGAGUCUGCGCAACCCCGUUGGCCCUAGCCAGGCAUUACUUACAAUGGCAACGGCUGAUAUCAACGGAUUUUGGUCACUUCCUUCGCCGACUCGUCCGGUAUCUCCUAGAAGCCUAAAGUUUCCGCCUCUUUCCCAAGCAGAAAUUGAGACAAACGCACCUUAUCAACCGUUUCAUACGGACCGCAGAGUCAAUCUGAUGGUCUUCUCUGGCAGCUAUGAAGAAGAGAAUAUCAAUGGCGAUCCCUGGGUGUUCGGAAACGCGAUCCCUUCAGUACAGCUUCAGGUCCAUGGCCAUGCAUAUUCAGAGGAUUGCAUCUCCGACACGCAAAAUCCAGGCGAUGCUAAGAUGGAAAAUCUUGUCAGCUUGGGCAGCAGCGGUGAAAAGGUUGAAUAUGCAGUGAUAACCACCAGACGGAAGAAGACGACCUCAAGCGCUGCUGGCACCGCAGGGGUAGACGACGAUGAAUUUUUCGAAGACGAUUGCGAUAUUCUUGACUUUGCAAGCGAUCGAGUUUGA